CUCCAACAGCUGGCGUUAUCGUUGCGGGACAAGGGAAGUGCUUUAGAAACUGCCGUAAAGCAGUACCUCUGACAGUAUUACAGUGUGUGACGUCAUCGCAUGUUUUUAACGCCUUUUUAGAACAGAUACGUGACCUUAAAAAAUGCAAUAUUCAGCUGAGUUUAUUAUCUUAGCCCCACCCUUUGAUAGCAACUUUAAAAUUACUUGACAAAAAAAUUACAUCGUGAGAAAAGUGGAUUCUGAGGAUAAAACCCCGUUGGCUCCCAUUCAUUCUGGACUCGCCUACGAGCGCCCCGCGUGGUCAAAGAUUAUUACUGCAACCAGUCCAGAAAACCGGAACUAACCCGCGAGUGCCAGUUCUCCUCAUAUUAGACAUUAGCUGUGUUCGAAAUCGUUCCCUAUACACUCGUUCCCUAUUCCCUAUAUAGUGUACAUGAUUUAGUGCACUAUAUAGGGAAUAGGGAACGAGAAUUCGGACACUACGCUGAACAUUUCUAAACGUCAUUUGCGUCAGUAAAUGCGCCGGGUAUUUGUGUGACGCAGACAGAUGCGCCCACAUCAUGUAAACAUACCAGGCACUCACGAGGAAAGCUGGAGGUUGUAUUGAUGUUGAAUGUUACAUUUCCUUGUUCAAGUAUUUUAUUAAUUUUGAAUGUUAAAUAUUCUAUGUUAAAUCCCAAAUAAAUUGUUGACAUUUCUAAACGAAAGCCGGAGACUCCAUCAUUAAAUGUAUUAGUUUUCGCGGUUAUUCAGCUUCUUCUUCUCCUCCGGAAAAACACGACCGCAUUGCAUUGUGGUAUACGGGAGUAACAUGUAGGGAACAUCGUAUGUACCCUAUUUUAAGUCCACUAUAUAGUGCCCUAUAUAGUGGACCACUGAGAAUUCGAACACCCUACAAAAUGGCGUGCACCCUAUUUAGUGCACUACAUCCAUGAUAGGGAACGAUUUCGAACACAGCUAUUCUCUGAUGGUAUGCUGGUACGAACGACCAGCUUCAGCGAGAACGUGACGUAUUUCCCUUGCUCCAGCCUUCCAGUUUAUCAUUUGUGUUUCUGUCGAGCCACGAGGGGGAGUAGUAGCAGGCUAGUCAUCAUUAGCAACAUAGCCUCUUUAGCAAACCUGUUGGAAAACACAACUUUACAUUGAAUUGCACGCAAAGCAUGACCGUGCAAUGCAUAACUUGGUGACCGGAUUAAAGCAGCAAUGAAAUCCAGUGUGUAAGAGGAUUUAAAAACGACAUUAAAACCUCCAACGUGGUACCAAAACAAAGAAAAUGCAUCUCAACCCCCAUUAACUAUGGGCGCAGCCAUCUUCUUUACAAGUUGUACGGGACUCUCUAAAUCGGGGACUCUCUAAAUCGACGCCACUUCGACCUGGGCGGGACUUUACGUCCUACGUCACUCGCUAUGGGUUUGCAUGUGUGCGCGUAGCCGUUUGUCUCAGGGAUCUGUGCACGAACUCCCUUGCACUACAGAUUACGAGCGUCAGUGUCGUACGCGAUGGAGGGUGGGUGACAUUCCUACAGUCUGUGAUGAUAGGCUAUAUUUCUACAAAUGACUUACUAUUACUAGCGAUUAACAUGACGAAACAACACGAACUAAGCUAACAUUAGACUAUAGCCAUACCAGAUAACGCCAUACCAGCUAACCCUAACUAUUUAUUAUUAAACUCUGAACCAUUUUGCAACAGGCAACUGUGUGUUGGUGCGUCUUAAUGCUUCCCAAGUCUGCGUCUGCAUCUUUCCCACUCCUGGCUAAUAGUUUCAGCUUUUGUACUGUAUAUCAGAAAUGAUCACCCUGUACCACACUGCUGACUUGUUGAUGUUUUGUGAGCACUCACGCAUUUCUCUAGGUAUCUUAAGUUUCCUACUGGAGUCAUCAAAACUUUGGACUUUGUUAUUGUAAGAAAUAUUGUGUUGCAAAAACACUUUGUGUCUUACCCUUAGCGUUACCCUAACCUUAACCCCAGUAACAUUUCUUCAUCAUAAACUACAAGUUACGCAAAAUGGCAUACAAACAUCCAGUCCAAUAUGAAAGAAAAAAGCUAGCUUCAUUAAGGAAUCGAACCCCUUAUCCCCGCGUUAACGAGUUGUUCUCUGACCACUAACCCAUCAGGUCUUAGUACAUGCGAUUCAAGAGUUAACCACUUGACAAUCUUUCAACUUCGGUUGCCUAGAAAUUGUAAAGACAGUGAUGUGUGUACAUUGUGCGAGUAUCCGUCACUCGCGAUGUGUGUGCAGUCCAAAAUGAAAGAAAAAACCUUGCAUCACUAGGGAAUCGAACCCCCAAUCAUCAGUUGGUCGUUGCUAACUGUAAACAAAGAGAUCGCAUUUAGUUUAACUGCUAACUAACAAACGGGUUUAUGCGUUCACUGAACAAAGAUUAUGGAAAUAAAAGACCACUUUUCCAUCAGAAAAAUCAUCAGAACCGUUAUUACCAACCCAUAGACACUAAAGUGCUAGAGCACCCCCUAGAUUGGCCAUAGCACCCCCAUAGCACCCCCAAGAAAAUAAUGGUUUAUUUAUGAUUGUUAUUUAAUUUCAUUCUGAGUUCUUAAUAAAAUGUAUUGUGUGAUAAUAAUAUUUUAAUCACAAAAGAAAAUAACAGAUUGAAAUAAACAGAUUGUUCACGUAGCACGACACAGACACGUUGCGUGCGUGAACGUGAUUGUUCAAUGAGUAGGCUAGUAGGCUAGUAACAGUAAUCCUGGCGAUCGGUCAAUUUUAAGUCAAGCGUUCACAAAAUCACGAAAAUGGAUCGGCUCUUUUUGAAAGCAUUUCUGACUCUUUGCCUGUUUAAGUUAAUUCUAUCUGACAUUCUAAUCUGCCGUCUUUAGUUAGAAGUGUAUUGAACUUGGUAUGUUUAGUUUAAUUUGUCGCUCAUGGUAGUGGUGACCUGGUAGUCAUCUGGCGCAAACUUUAAUCCACACACUGAAGUAAGUGAAGUAUUUGGGAUUACGUUAUCUAUAACAUGCUGCAUCCAUUUUGACCGUCGGAGAUGAACGCGGCUUUGUGCGCGUCCGUCAGAAGUAGCCUAAUGUCCUAAUCGAUCGUAAUAAUACGAUCGAUUUGAAUGGCGCUUUUUAUGUACCCCAAAGACCCGUUAGAGAGCAAACGUGUAAACAUAUGUGACGAUAUGGUGGGGAGGUGUUGUAGCAUAGAAAAAUGCGACUCAUAUGCUAUCACCGUAAUUUCAUAGCACCCUCAGUAAAACGCUGAGCACCCCCAUAGCACCACCAGAAAAAAAUCUCUGGCGCCGCCACUGAUGCACACCCAUCGCGAGUGACGGCUAUGCGCACACAUGCACACCCAUAGCGAGUGACGUAGGACGUAAAGUCCCGCCCAGGUCGAAGUGGCGUCGAUUUAGAGAGUCCCCCAAAGGGAUAGCAGCAUAAUAUCGUCCCUGACCCGUGACGACUUCCUCUUCCGCUGAGAACCUCUGGAAAAAGCAUUAUUGCCUUCACUUUUAACUUUGAUUAAACACUUUAACUGUACACUUCAGUCAUUUAAUUUAACAUCACCUAUUAUCUACUGGAGACACGGUCUCGUUGGAAGGACUCGUUCUGUUUUCAGCGGAUAGCCACUGUCACUGCGUUAGCAUCGUUAGCCUAGCAGCUAGCCGCCGCCGGUCUAGUCCUCAGUUUGAAUCCGCCCGCCUGGAGGAGACACACAUCGCCCGGAGGAGACACACCGCCUGGAGGAGACUCACGUUCCUGUCCUUAGAGAGAUGGACCUACAAGGGGGUUCUGAGCCCAUGUCCCUGGGCUCCCCCACGUCCCCCAAGCCCGGGCCUGGAGCCCAGUUCCUGCCUGGUUUCCUCAUGGGUGACCUGCCGGCUCCAGCCAGCCCCCAGCCUCGGUCCUUCAGUCUGUCUGCUCCAGGGUUGGAGCCCAGGACUCCGCUCCACUCCGCAGGCUCCACCCCUCAGCCCAUCCUUCACACUCCAAAGGACAAGAGUGGAGCACCGCCGGCCCGCAGUAUCUAUGACGACCUGACCGCCUCUGGGGCCACACCCAUCAACCUCUACAGACAGCCCUUUACAGGUUUCCAGUCCCCUAUGUCUGGACAUCAAGCUCCUGGCUCAGUAGGGGUGUUAUCGCCAGCUCAGGUGGAUCCCUUCUACAGUCAGGGGGAGGCGCUGUCCUCUGAAGACCAGCUGGACCAGACGUGGGUCACUGUAUUCGGGUUUCCUCCUGCUUCUGCCUCCUACAUCCUGCUGCAGUUCUCCCAGUACGGCAACAUCCUUCACCACACGAUGUCUUCUCCGGGGAACUGGAUGCACCUCCAGUACCAGUCCAAGCUGCAGGCCAGGAAGGCACUGUCUAAGGAUGGCAAGGUGUUCGGAGACUGCAUAAUGGUGGGGGUUAAACCCUGCAUAGACAAGAGCGUGAUGGAGGGUUUGGACCGGGCCUCCACCACCAGCUCUGUGUGUACUCCCCAUCAGCUCCCCUCCACCCCUCUCCACCUCUCAUCCUCUCACAACCAUUCCGCCCUCCUCCCCUCCACUCCACGCUCCUCCAUGAGGCCGCUGAGUGCUGCCUACAAGGCUUCUAGUAGUGACUACCAGGUUGUGGCCGACAAACUGACACCCAGGAAAGAUGAUACCUUUGUGUCUAAAGCUAUGGAGUACAUGUUUGGCUGGUAGCUGUGUGUGUGUGUGUGUGUGUGUGUGUGUGUGUGUGUGUGUGUGUGUGUGUGUGUGUGUGUGUGUGUGUGUGUGUGUGUGUGUGUGUGUGUGUGUGUGUGUGUGUGUGUGUGUGUGUGUGUGUGUGUGUGUGUGUGUGUCCUUUUUUAAUCUGAUAUGGUUGCAAUAAAAUUGAGAAUUUGUUUGUUAUUGUCUAGUUGUGUUUUCUAGUGAGUGGACUGUGGAUGUGAACCUCUCUUCUUUUGAUUGGUUCAUGGUAACAUCUACAAUAAAUACAAUAACACAAACAACCAAUGAGUGAGAAUCUUUCUGGUGGAAGGUUAUACCCAAUUCAUUCAAUCUUACCCUAACCUUACCCCCCCCCGACCUGGACGGGCUCAUCCCGCCGGAUACCUGGAGGACUCUAGGUCAACGCCUCCUGUUUGAUCCUGCGGGGGGAACGUUAUGUCGGUUCGGGAGCCCGCAGGGGCCUGUAGUCACAGCGUGGUUCUGUCAGCUCGGUGAUGCCCAUGGAGUCACUGUGGCUCCGUCUUGCUCAUGUCGGAGUCGUGGCGGUGCUAGGUGUUUGCGUGUCUGUGGGUGGUGAAUGAGGAAGUAGACAGACGUGUUAGUGGAGCAGAUGAGUAAAAAAAAUCGUUGACUUAGGUAUACAAGCAUGAAAUUUAGCACAGAUACUCUCUAAGGGCCACUAUUUUAGAAAAAGCUGUUGGCCACUCAAAAAUUCAAUAUGGCGGCCAUUUUUCAAGAUGCUUAUUAUAUCAAUUAUUCAAACAGUGAUCCAAGCAUAAUAUUUUAUACAAAUACUAUCUAACGGACAUGGUAGUGGAAAAAGAUGCUUGUCCCAGUAAAAUUCAAGAUGGCCACCGUUCCUGUCGAAUAUUAUUUAAAUUGUUGAAAUGGUGAUUCAAGCAUACAAUUAGGCAGAAAUACUCUUCAAGGAACACUCGUUUGGAAAAAGGUAUGUGCCACUCAAAAAUUUAGGAUGGUAACCAGUUUCAAGAUGGCCAACAUUUCUGUCAAAUAGUCAUAAUGUCUGCUUUGUCUGCCUCCUGUACUUUGACCUGUCCGGCCUAGUUAAACUUGCCAGGGAUAUAAAAUCCCCGCCAGCAUAGCUCUCAGGUUAAUUGGAGUACACAAGCCUCUCCACCACGGCAAGGUGCAGUCCACAGAGAGGAAGGGCCACUGGGAAGUGGCCAGUAAAAAUUCCGGAUGGAAACCAUUUUUCAAGAUGACUGCCAUUCCUGUCCUAUGUUCAUUGCCACUGUUUCCAAAUAGUGAUACAGAAAAUAUGCCUCUGUUAAGGCCACUUUUCAAAAAAGUUGUAUGGCCAAUAAAAAAUUCAAGAUGGAGACCUUUUUUGGUAGUAUGUACACUGAUGCACACAUGCAUGUUAGCAAAAUAAUCUAAAGGCCACACUUUUAGAAAAGGGCAAUCGCAAAAAUUCAAGAUUCAUUUUUCAAGGUAGGUGUUGCUUUAAUAGUGUACUCUGUUGGGACUGAGUUAAAAGGAAUGAUUGGGAAAAAAAAAAAGUUCUAUUCACAUUUUGACCAGCUCAAAGGCCUUCUGGUUGUUAGACUGUCAAACCUGAGAUUGAGAGGUUGUGCCCUGUAAAAUAACCCCCAUUGUUCACCAAGCUUUUUCCAUUACCAGUCAGCAGGACUCUGCUUCUGGAUGACACUGGGUUGCUUGACCCUAUAUGCAGCCUACCUGAUAUGCAGCACUUUUAGUGUGUUGAAGCAUAGCUACUCUUGUUGGAAGAAGGGCCUCAUAUGGCCUCUGCUUUCGGGCAAACAUGUCAAGUCUAGCCUCAUCUACACUAACAGCUGUGCUUGAUCGAUCAUACAGCAGGACCACAAGGAGGUAUAUUUUGGUAUACUUUUAGUAUGUUAUUCAGCACACCAAAUAUACAAAAUCUUUUGUAUACAUCUUUUGGGGGUUAAGCCAUUUUUUUUCAUAGAUUGACUCACCUAUUCCUUAACACAUUACAUUGACCUCUGACAGAAAUGGUGGCCAUCUUGAAAAUGGUCGCCAUCUUUAAUUUUUGAGAAGCACACACCUUUUCCAUGAGA